CUGGGUUCUUGAGUUUACCAAAAGGCAUUUGUCACGGUGAUUAGCUUCGUCUUGAAAAAGUAAAAGUCGCCACCACAUCUGACGCAGGAGAUACACAAUCCAACCCAACAAUAUAAAUUCUGUGACUUCAAUUAUCCCAAACAGAAAUCCGACUGUAUUGCCUGACAGAAAGGCAUGCUAUCUCUUCAAUGUCUUCAUGUCCUCCCUCCAUCACCUUCCGUUGAAAACCCUAAUUUCCCCUCAACCGGUUUCCUCAAACCCAGUAAAUGUCUUUAUUUUCCAAUUUUCAACCUCCGCCCACUUUCACCCACCUACUUCGCCUCUAUUUCCAAAACCCCAAAUUUCCUGGGGUUUAGGCUCCAAAACCACAGAACCCACUUCCAAAGUCUCCACUGCUAUGCUUUUAAGGACUCUGCAGAGGAUACAAAUGCUGUGUUGGAGUCUGGAAGUGGAGGAGGAGCAGGAGGAGGAGGGGGUGAAGGAGAUGGGGGUGGUGGGGAAGGUGGGGAUGAUGGGCAGGUGGAGAAGAAGAGUGGGGGUUCUGGGCCUUUGCCAGACUGGUUGAAUCUCACUUCUGACGAUGCGAAGACGGUGUUUGCGGCACUGGCGGUAUCUCUAGCGUUCCGGUCUUUCGUGGCCGAGCCGAGGUACAUUCCUUCGUUGUCCAUGUAUCCUACAUUUGACGUCGGAGAUCGAAUUGUGGCAGAAAAGGUUUCAUAUUAUUUCAGAAAGCCAUGUGCAAAUGAUAUAGUUAUAUUUAAAAGUCCACCAGUCCUUCAAGAAGUGGGAUAUACUGAUGAUGAUGUAUUUAUUAAACGAGUUGUUGCCAAGGAAGGUGACAUGGUGGAGGUUUGUAAAGGGAAGCUUAUAGUUAAUGGAAUCGAGAGACAAGAAAAUUUCAUCAAUGAACCGCCUUCUUAUGACAUGGCACCAAUUCGUGUACCUGAGAACUAUGUCUUUGUGAUGGGUGACAACCGUAAUAAUAGCUACGAUUCACACGUAUGGGGUCCCUUGCCAGCCAAGAAUAUAAUAGGAAGAUCAGUACUUCGGUAUUGGCCCCCGAACAGGAUUGGUGGCACGGUCCUUGAGGCUGGCUGCGCUGUUGACAUGCAGGAGAGCGGUCCAGCGACCGAAUGAAAUCCAACCUAAGGAUCACACCCACUGCAAGGAACCUCUACGAUUGGAUUAUGACUCUUGUGAUUAUCCUAUCUUUU